GUGUCCGAUUUUGUUUGAAAGCUAAGAAUUUAAGUGGAUUUUGUGACCGUAAUUUCAGCAGCCAUAUCCUAGAAAAAAUGUCGAAAACUGCAUUAAUUAUUUUGGCACCGGGUGCUGAAGAAAUGGAAUUUGUUAUAUCAGCAGAUGUUUUACGUAGAGCUGGGGUGAAGGUAACAGUCGCCGGUUUAAGUGGCACCGAACCUGUCAAGUGCUCCAGAGAUGUAAUGAUUCUACCAGAUACCUCCUUGGAAGCUUCAAAGUCUAAUAAAUACGACGUUGUUAUUUUACCCGGUGGCUUGGGUGGAUCGAAAGCUAUGGCGGAAUCGGCAGUAGUGGGAGAAAUACUGAAACAACAAGAAGCUGAAGGUCGUAUUGUGGCUGCUAUAUGUGCUGCACCUACGGCAUUGGCAGCUCAUAGUAUUUGCCAAGGAAAAUCAUUAACAUCAUACCCAUCUGUUAAAUCUCAAUUGGAAGCUAUUUACAAGUAUGUGGAUGAUCAGACAGUUGUUCAAGAUGGCAAUUUGAUUACCAGCCGUGGACCAGGAACUGCAUUUGAAUUUGGUCUAAAAAUCGCUGAAGUUCUGGCUGGAUCCGAUAAAGCAGCUGAGGUAGCCAAAGGAAUGUUGUUGAAAUAAUAUUAAUAUUGAAAAUGUCUAUACAAAAUAUUUUACACAUAAAAAGCUCCAUGGAUAAUAGUAGUCUAUCAAGAACUAUUCGCUAACUAUAAUAAAAUCUCUAAUAAAGAACAUGUUUUAAAAACAUCAAUAA